UUUUUUUUUUUUGCUUUUCUGCUAUUUCAAAGGGGAAUAAUGUUCCCAACAGCCCCAGAAGGCCUGAGGCUCCCCUCAAAUAUUAGUUUUUGUUUGGCUUAUGCCAAAUGUAGAACUUCCCCCCAGAUUUGCAGUUAUGGUUGGGACAGCUGUCACUCCAAUGCCUCCCCAGUUAGAACCUGCUCCACAAAUGACGCCUCGUUGUCAACUGGAACCCCACACAGCAAAGAUUCCAAACUCUGAGUGUCAAACUUUCCUUUAUGACUUCACGUGAAAAUAAAUUUUUUUUUUUUUUUUUAUUCCAUUUUUGCCUAAAACUUUUACAGUUCCAGAAAUGCAGUAUCGGGCCUCCUCGUUUACUGCUGACCCCAAACAACCCCCCACGUUGCCCCCCCAUAUACACAUUCCCCAGCAUCAAGAAGCAGCUCCUCUGCUUACUGCCCGUCAGCUGAAGGAGGAGCUGGCAAUCUUUCAGGGCAACUUCUCAGAAAAGCAGCAGCGAAGCUGCCAAGCUCAGCCCUAAAACAGCCACUGAGCCAGGCUUAAAACCCCUCCCAGCAGUUGCGAUUAGCAGCCAAGCACUUAAACCCGACCACAUCCCGCGGAGAACUUUCCAAGCGCUUUGGCUUUACGGGACGCAAGCAGGACGGAGCUGGGCUCUCGGAUGUUUUCUGGGAGCGAUGGAUGAGGAAGGGCAGCAUCUCCGCGUGGAAGAACGUGGCAGCACGUCCCUGGAAGCGAGCACCGCUCCCUCCUCGCUCCCCACUCAGGUUUGUCGAUGAAGGCACCAAUGGAAAUGGAGACGAGCCGCACUGAGAAGUUUUAUAGGAUCCCUAAUGGAAAGGGGCCACACUCAGUUGGAUGUACAGACCUGAUGACAGAAAAUGCGGUUGAGGGAAGCUUCUUGCGCCUGUAUUAUCCAUCAUGUGAUGCCACAGAUCAUGAAGAGGCACCGUGGAUUCCAGAUAAAGAGUACUAUCAGGGACUCUCUGACUUCCUUAAUAUGUACCGAGUUGUAGGAGAGAGGCUUUUCCAGUACUAUGUUGGUUCAGUGACCUGUCCUGCAAAGUCAAAUGCUGCUUUUAAGCCAGGAGAAAAAUACCCACUCCUCGUUUUUUCCCAUGGACUUGGAGCUUUUCGGACGAUCUAUUCUGCUAUUUGCAUAGAGAUGGCUUCUCAGGGCUUUAUAGUGGCUGCUGUGGAGCACAGAGAUGAAUCUGCUUCAGCAACGUAUUAUUGUAAAAAAAAGUCCGUUCCUGAACGACAGCAAGAAUCUACAUCAAACAUGGAGAAGGAGUGGAUCUACUACAGGAGACUAAAAACUGGAGAGGAAGAGCGUUGUUUGCGCCAUAAGCAGGUGCAGCAAAGAGCACAGGAAUGUAUCAAAGCUCUCAAUCUCAUUCUUAAAAUCAAUUCUGGAGAGGAAGUAAUGAAUGUACUAAAUUCAAACUUUGACUGGAAUAGCCUAAAGGAUUCUGUUGAUACUAGCAGAAUAGCUGUGAUGGGACACUCUUUUGGUGGUGCUACAGUUAUUGAGAGUCUCAGCAGAGAAAUAAGAUUCAGGUGUGGCAUUGCCCUCGAUGCAUGGAUGCUUCCAGUAGGUGAUGACAUUUACCAAAACAGUGUCCCGCAACCGCUGCUUUUUAUCAACUCUGAAAAAUUCCAGUGGGCUGAUAAUAUCUUAAAGAUGAAGAAGCUUGGAUCCAAUGACACAAACAAGAAAAUGAUCACUAUCAAGGGGUCAGUACAUCAGAGCUUUCCUGACUUUACCUUUGUGAGCGGAGAAAUCAUUGGAAGAUUUUUCAAAUUGAAAGGAGAAAUAGAUCCAAAUGAAGCUAUUGAUAUAAGCAAUCAUGCUUCAUUAGCCUUCCUGCAGAAACAUUUGAGUCUUAAGAAAGAUUUUGAUAAGUGGGAUUCUCUUGUGGAUGGCAUAGGACCCAAUGUUAUUCCUGGCACCAAUAUUGACUUAUCUCCAGCUGAACCUGAAUAAGGAGUACCAAGAAGUACUGAAAAUGCCACAGACAUCAGGACACUAAUGUUGGCCAGACAUUGUUCAGACAUGUGAUAGCAUUGGCCACCUACACAGCUUUUGGGGUGUGGAACAAACAAAAAAUAAAAAUCAGGCAUUAGGUUAUAUUGUCACGAAAAUGUAGAGAGGUUUUAGUUCAAAUGAGUUAAUGGGAGUCUCUCAAAUGCUGCAACAGGGUAACUUCUGCUUUAUAGGCAGCUGGGGGAAAAGUUACCUGAUGGUAAUUGAAAUGCUCUUCUUGGUUUUGAUUUAGUUUGCAGAGAGAGAGAUUAAGCUUCAAGGAAUUCAACUAAAGUUCUGCUUACCAAGCUUUAAGCCAGUUUGCAUCUAGCAAGCCUUUUUUGCAGUGUAAGAAAAAAAAAAAAAUCUUUAAUUAAACUACUCAGUAUUUCAGCUGUGCUCUGUCAACAGUUGAGAGUUGGAGGACGUUUUUGCUCCUUCUAAUGAGAGGUGCCAGUGGAAGGUGGUCUUCAAAACUGCCUUAUUUAAAUGAGUCAGGAAAUAAAAGCUACAGGAAAUAGUUUAAGAUAACAGCAGAGAAAGGUGUUUAUUUAGACACAGGACUUCUCAUAUGAACUUAAUCCACUUACAUUUAAAGAUUGUGUUUACUGCCAUACUCAGAUGAUGUUUCCAUUCCAAAAGCUGCUGCAAUGGUCACUCUUGUAGCAACUGUAAUUCCCCUUAAGUGAAGCUUGAAGCAGGGCCUGUCUCAUUAAUCUCUGCAUUACCACUAUCAGUCAGUCAUACUGUUGUAGGUAAAAUUACAGAAGAGAUGUGUCACUUCUACCACUCCCUUUAAAAAGGAUUAUGUAAUCAUUGCUUGAUCAUCUUGUUGUCUCUCGUGGUUGUAAUACUGUCCAGACAGUUGUCUUUGUCGAGGUGCUAGCACUGCAGCCUGUAUCUGUCAGUAGAAGCAGCUGACUGUGUGGUUGGCUAAAGAAGGAUAUGAUUUUUAGAACAAAACUCUUUAAAGCUGCCACAUGGAAGGGUGACUUCUAAAUGAAUAAGCCUUGCAAAAGGGGGACUACUUCUAACUGUAGCCUAUUUGUUUCAAAAUCAGGUUACAAACAAAAACUGAAGCAAGCAGAGCAAGCAAAGCAGUUAACAGUAUAAUUAAAUAUUUAUAUAAUCUGUGGUCUUAACAUGAGAUUGCACAACAUAUAAGACUUGUUCCCAGAAUUUAAUUAAAUUCUCUCCAGCCUA